AUGCCUCAACUCGAUAACAAUGAAGAGAAAGCCUUGAUGAUCAAACAGGAGAAAAGACGGGAAAUGUCUCUCCGAUUUGGAAAGUCCAUGAUUAAGAAAACAUUUCAACCAAUGAAAAAAGUUUCUGCUAUGGAGAGGAGGAAAAAAUUGGGAAUUGAUUGUGAGGAGGAAGAAAUGAAUUUAAAUAGUGGCAAGAAUGUAAGACCUUUAUCGGAGGAGAAGAAGAAAAAGAGGUCUGUUGUGGAUAUGUCUCUAUUCGAAAGUAGUGAUGAUGAUAUUUGUGAUGAUGAAGUUGAGGAGAAGGUGAACAAUAGGAUGAGAAAAAAUAAGCCUUCCGACUUUAUUGAAGAACAAGAUUCAUCAAGCAAAGAGGAAGAAGAAAUUAUUCAAAAAAAGAAGAAACGAAAGGUUUCGUCCACAACUAAAAAUAUAAUAACUAGCGAAAGAAAUGUAAAAAUACCAAAAACAGCCAAAUACUAUACAAGCCUUGGAGUAGAAACAUGUGAGUCUUCCAAUUUGGAUUUGGAAUUUAUUGAAAUUUCAUCCAAUUCAAACUCUAAAAAAAAGAUUUUAGAAAUUAAGGAGCUAGUGGAUAGCUCAUUAAAUUACGACGAAUCAGAAGAAGACUUUACCAAAAAGCCAUAUAAGUUAUUCAUUUGUUUGGAAAAAGAUUCUCGAGUGGUAGUUGGAUGUCUGAUUGCAGAAAAGAUUUCAUCUGCAAGAAGAAUUCAUUUCAAGAGGAAGGAAAAUGAAAGCUCUUCCUCCAAUAAUAGUAACAGCAGUGACAAUGGUUGUGAUGAUAUUUUAUCAGCACUCUUUGAAUCAUUUAAGCACUCACUCUCUCAGAGUAUUGGAACAGAAGAAUUACACUCACCCAAGAUUAUUGAUCAUCCCAGCCUAGACAUGGCUGAUAUAAAUUUUGAUAAUAGCACCAAUGAGAAGGAAAAGGCUGUGUGUGAUGAUGCAGAUUUGAAAGAUUUUUCUAUUGAAGUUCCAUUGUUGGAGAAUCUCAAAUAUCUCCAAUUAGAGACAGUACAUGGUUAUGAUGAUAAUGAGCUAAAGAUUGCCUAUGAUUUGGUGAAACUUGCCCCUAACCUCGAAUAUUUGGAGAUUACAUAUGCCAAUGAACCUGCAGGUAAUGACUUUCUCCUUUUUCUCACACAAAAAUGUCCAAAUUUGAAAGGUAUUUCUAUUGAUGUGGAUGGCGAUGUACCAGAUUUACAAAUUUCCGAUGAAGGAAUUCUUACAUUCCUAAAAGGAGAACCUAAAUUAGAAUAUUUGAGCUUUGCAUAUUAUUGUUGCAAUAUUAGUGGAGAAAUAUUUUCCAAAAUUGGGCAGUUCAAGAACUUGAGAUGUAUAAAAAUUAGUAGGGAUGUGUACAUGGAGGAUGCCAUAGAUCAGUGUACAGAUUUAAAAUUUGGUGGAGGAAUUCUAAACAAGCUAGAAUCCAUCUCGUUUGGAAGUAAUUUUUCACUCAAUCAUUGUACCCAAUCAGAGAAAGAUAAAUUCAUUACAUCCUUGAUAGAGAUGGCUCCAAACAUUAGGGAUAUUGGAACUCUUAAUGAUAUUGAAGCUAUUGAAAUUCUGGAUUAUUUAGAUCAAUUAAGUCCACUGUUAACUGUUUUUCCACACCUUGGUGAUGAAUGCACCCUAGAUGAAUGCAAAAAAAUUGAGCUUUGGUUGAAGAAAUCAAAACAAUUAGAAGAAAUUGAGUGGAAUUUCAAUGUUGAUCUUUCUAAUAUUGAACCAAUUCCAUCUGUGAAGAAACUCAGCGUGUAUGAAGACCUUAAUUUAAAUAGUUCCAAGGAAUUGAGCAGAGUCUUUCCUUCUCUUACUGAGCUUGCAUAUUAUCCAAAGGAAAAUCAAGAGAACGAGGUUGUUGAAUUGUUAAAGAAUGGCAUUUGGCCUGAUUUGAAAUGCUUUAAAGGACCAAAUAGUGUUUUGAAAGCUAGGCCAAAUCUUUAUGGAAACAGAAAAGAUGAGGGUUUAGUUGAUUUUAUAGAAUUGUGUAAACUUGAAGAUGAAACUCUUCAGUUUGAAAAGGAAUGGCUUAUUUUAGAUCACGUCGAAGAGGAAAUCAAUACUUCUAAAAUGAUGAAAUUCCUUAAAAAGUGA